UCCACCUAUCCUGACAGCGAAUCCAGCGGUGAUCACACAGACAGAAACAGUCACACUGAACUGUCAGACUCCAUCACAUCUUACUUUGUCUGAGUGUUAUUUUCAAAUGGUAAGAGGACAACCUGGCAAAAGGUUCCCUUGUCUGCAGACGCUGACAGGAACUGAGCUGCUGAAGAUGGCCCAUCAGAGUUCACCUGCUGAGGUUCAAGUAACGUGCUUUUACCUUCACGUGUCUCAAUCUCCUGACAGUGAUCCAUCCUCCAUCAUCGUUCGAACUCUUCUUCCAUCUAUACUGACAGUGAAUCCAACGGUGAUCAACGAGACCGACUCAGUCACCCUGAACUGUCAGACUCCUUCAUCUGUUUCUAUGUCUCCGUGUUAUUUCUUCACUCUAAGUGGACGAAAUGUCAAAGAGCUCUCAUGUCUGCAGACCCUGACAGGAACUGAGCUGCUGAAGAUGGCCCAUGAGAGUUCACCCGCUGUGGUUCAAGUGACGUGUUUCUACACUGUAAAGGUUGGAGAGAAAAGUUAUCCAUCUCCACACAGUGACACGUCGUCCAUCACCAUACACAGGAGGACUGUUAGUACAUCAAGUAACACUGGUAGUUUUAUCUCUACUUUCCCAACAUCAGUGAAACCAGCAGCAGAUAUUACUAUGACUCCUAUGACUCCAGAAUCUGGUGAUGAAAUAACAGGGAGGACUGUUGGUACAUCAAGUAACACUGGUAGUUUUAUCUCUACUUUCCCAACAUCAGUGAAACCAGCAGCAGAAACAGAUACUAGUAUGACUCCUGUGACUCCAGAAUCUGGUGAUGAAAUAACAGAAAGGUGGAUAUGGAAGCUUGUAGCAGUUGUGGCUGGUUGUGGAGUCACGGUGGGCGUCAUCUUGCUCGUUUCUGCAAUUCUCUGCAACAAAAGAAGAACUGCAGGUUCUGAGGAAGUAAAAAGGCAAGAGCCUCAAAAUGAGAAUUUUGACACAUACCAUAUGUACUCCAUUAUUGCUGAAGAGCCAGCUGCAUCAGGCCUGAAGGGUAUGGUGUACAGCACGGUGCAGAAACACUGACACUGUUUUAUACUGGAUAGUGAAAGAGAGGCAGACAGACAGUCAAGGACUGUAAGAAAUGUAAAUCUUGUGUUUAAAGUUGAGUGGUCUAUUCCAGACUAAUGUUGGACAACUGUAAUGUCUUUAUCAGAUCAACCAAACUGCUGCUUAAGACUGAACCAAACUUUUACAAAAGUUUCCCCAGUUUGAUGCAACUUUCAAGUUGGGGUUUAUGACGGACAAAGCACAGCUUGGUUUCCAAACUGCAUUUCGAUUUAGCUUUAUUUUAGGUCAAGAUUGAACAUGUAUUUAGUUUUACUC